GAGGCCGGCAGCCGCUCUCCGCCGCCGCGCCCUAGCCCGCUCGCCCCGCGCCCCCAUGGCUCCGCUGGCCGAGGUGGGGGGCUUCCUGGGCGGCCUGGACGGCCUGGGGCAGCCGGUGGGCGCCCACUUCCUGCUGCCGCCCGCGGGGGAGCGCCCGGCGCUGCUCGGCGACCGCCGGGCCCCGGCGGAGCGGGCGGGCGGGCGGCGCGGCGGCGGCGGCGCGGCGGACCUGGCGCACUUGCAGGGCAUCCUGCGGCGGCGGCAGCUGUACUGCCGCACCGGCUUCCACCUGCAGAUCCUGCCCGACGGCAGCGUGCGCGGCACCCGCCAGGACCACAGCCUCUUCGGUAUCCUCGAAUUCAUCAGUGUGGCAGUGGGACUGGUCAGUAUUAGAGGCGUGGACAGUGGCCUUUACCUUGGAAUGAAUGAGAAGGGAGAACUCUAUGGCUCUGAGAAACUAACUCCUGAAUGCAUCUUCAGGGAACAGUUUGAGGAAAACUGGUACAACACUUACUCGUCCAAUGUGUACAAACAUGGAGAUUCGGGGCGGCGAUACUUCGUAGCACUUAACAAAGACGGUACUCCCAGAGAUGGGGCAAGGUCCAAAAGACACCAGAAAUUCACACAUUUCUUGCCCCGGCCCGUGGAUCCCGAAAGAGUUCCAGAACUGUACAAAGAUGUGUUAGGAUACAGCUGAGGGAGGAGGCAACUUUGGAAAAAACCCAUACUGGAGCUGUUGCCCCUGCUUUCAUGGCAAUACCAGCAUGAGGAACCUGCAGAGGUCUAGGAUGCUGAUUGGGAGAAGCUGCUUUGUGAUAGGCAAGCCUCUGUUUUCUAACCUUUGGAUUUAGGAGACAAAGCCUUAAAGCUGAGAGUGGACCAGCCUCCUUCAAACUUGCUGAACUGUGUGGUAGCCAGUAACCAGAGGGAAGUUGGAGUGUGACUUUUUUAAAAAUAAUAAACUCUUGGCAAUUGUGUUUGGAUUACCUAUGGUCCAUAAAUUAGCAAAGAACUACCUACAUCGUAUGGAUGAGACAGCAGCUGGAAGAAAUAGAAAGAAAUGGACUGUAAAAUAGUAAUAAAUCCUGAGAACUGAUUAUGAAGUUUUAGUGGCUCCACUUAGUGAUGGACCUUAGAUGUCGAUGCAUCAUAGUCAGAGCUGGAACUUUUCUUCAGGAUGGACCUAUUUAUACAUCUCCAGAUAGCGUAUAUUUAUUUUAUAUAUUUAUUUAUUAAAGAGUUUAUUUUUUACUGGGAUAUGAAGAGAAUACAAGCCCCUAACCCCGAUGAGAAAUCAUUUACAGUGCCAAUAUUUACUCUGAGUAGUGUCAUGAUACAGAAAUGACAUUACAUUGCAAUGCAUCCAAAACCUGAACAUUCGUAUUUCAUUGUUUAUCAGUUACAGAUAAGGUUAUAUUUUAUGCACAUACCAUUGCCUUGUGACUGUCCGUAUUUUGGAAAGAAUGUUUAAUUAUUUUUUUUUUGACGUAUGAGGGUGCCUUACAGAUCUGUAUUGAAUUCAAAUGCACAUUUAAAAAGGGAAUUAAAAAUUAUUUCACUUUA